ACACAGAGACACAAGGAGUGGUGAUUUCCUUGUGAUAAGGUAGUAUUAAAUGCGUUGAGUCAAAUGCAUGCAAAAGCACUUCUGGUAAAUAUAUCCUUAGCUCGCUCUUCAUAAAAAUAAGUUCCCAGAUUCUGAUGCACAGAGCAGAAAAGCUGUCAGCAGGAGCAAUUUGUGGCAAUUCCACAAUGGUGGUCUUGAGCCCCUGUGUGGAGUAGGAAGGAAGUAGUGGGUAAAGUCUGUGCUUUCAUCUGGUCUGGAAAUGCUGUGUGUGACAAAGCAGACGUAAGAAAGAGGGUGCAUUUGGAAUUGUCCUCUUUGUAUAGUUUCCAAUUUUGUGCUGUGCACAGAUAGCAUUUCUUGUCCUGGAGCUCCUGGAGCCUGCAAUGGAGUUGUGCUUGGUAAUGGCUAGUGGGCUUUUGGUGAUGUGCUUUAUGGAGAAACUUAACUUUUUUUUAACCUGAAACUGGAUACCUGGAGCCUAAAAGCUGUUGUUCCAGAGCUCUCUUGUAGCGAAGAGCUCUGUGUGCAUUGCUCAUGAGAGGAAAACCUGGGGGCACAAUUAUAACAGUGCCUGUGUCACGAGCAGCUUUCUGGCACUGCGCUCCAGCUGGCAGGGGAUAGAUUCCAGCUCUUGCUUAAAAAUAGAGAGCUUGUAUGCGUGCCAGGGAAUGGCAAAAGGGGAGGGCAGGGUUAUGCAGAGGUGUUCAGCUGAGCCUGAUCUCAUACUGAAGGAGGCUUGGGAACAAGGCUUGUGGGUAGGCAGGGAGAUACUUAGAAGAGAAGAUAAGGAGUAAUGUUAUUGGCUUCUGCUAUCUAGUGGGGAUCUGUAAAGGAAGUAACUCUUGAGGUGCCCAGUGAAUAUACAAGAUGCAAGUUGUGAAGCUGGAAAGUCUGAUUAGGUAGAAUGACAAAAAGCUUUGGUAUGGGUGGUCAGAGAUGGAAGCAGCCAGAGACUGUGUAGUGCCUGUUGUUGGAGAUGUUCUGAACCAGGCUGAAUUUGCUGCUGAGGAACCUGGUCUGACUUGAAGUUCAGCUCUCUUUCCAGCAGAGCAGUAAACUGGAGACCUCCAGGGACUGCUUGCCUGGAGAGAUGGUGGAUUCCCCAUCCCUGGAGACAAGGGAGCGGAGCGACAGCUGUGGUGCAGGCAGCCUUCUGUGUUCCAAAGAAGGAGAAGGUGGCAAUUAAACGGAUCAAUCUUGAGAAGUGUCAGACGAGCAUGGAUGAACUCCUGAAAGAAAUUCAAGCAAUGAGUCAGUGCCACCACCCCAACAUUGUAUCUUACUACACAUCGUUUGUGGUGAAAGAUGAGCUUUGGCUGGUGAUGAAGUUACUUAGUGGAGGUUCUGUUUUGGAUAUUAUAAAGCACAUUGUGGCCAAAGGAGAACACAAGACCGGUGUCCUGGAUGAGCCCUGUAUAGCCACGAUCCUCAAGGAGGUGCUGGAGGGGCUGGACUACCUGCAUAAAAACGGACAAAUCCACAGGGAUGUGAAAGCAGGAAACAUUCUUCUUGGAGAAGAUGGCUCAGUGCAAAUUGCAGACUUUGGCGUUAGUGCUUUUUUGGCCACUGGUGGUGACAUUACCAGAAAUAAAGUCAGGAAAACAUUUGUAGGCACACCUUGCUGGAUGGCACCAGAAGUUAUGGAACAGGUCAGAGGAUACGAUUUCAAGGCAGACAUCUGGAGCUUUGGGAUCACUGCUAUUGAACUGGCUACAGGGGCAGCUCCUUAUCAUAAAUACCCCCCGAUGAAGGUUUUAAUGCUGACACUACAAAAUGAUCCCCCGUCUUUGGAAACCGGUGUGCAAGAUAAGGAGAUGCUGAAGAAGUAUGGGAAGUCUUUUAGGAAGAUGAUUUCAUCGUGCCUACAAAAAGACCCUGAAAAAAGACCUACAGCAGCAGAACUUUUAAGACACAAAUUUUUCACGAAAGCAAAGAAUAAAGAGUUCUUACAAGAGAAGAUGUUACAGAGAGCACCAACAAUUACUGAAAGAUCCAAAAAGGUGAGGAGAGUCCCAGGAUCCAGCGGGCGUCUCCAUAAGACUGAGGAUGGCGGCUGGGAAUGGAGUGAUGAUGAACUAGAUGAAGAAAGUGAGGAAGGCAGAGCAGCAAUUUCACAGCUCAGGUCUCCCCGAGUGAAAGAACCUGUACAGAAUUCAGAGCUAUUCCCAUCAGCCGAGCCUCCAGCUCCUUCACUCAGUGCUCCAGCACAGGCACCUACUCAACUACCUCAGGCUGCAGGACCAGCACCUGCACAACCUCAGGCUGCUGUACCUCCACCUAGUCAGGCUCCUCCAGCAGCCCCAGCAGCAGCUCAGGCCCCACCUGCCCCCGCUGCAGCUCCGGUACAGGAAGAUACGAAAGUUCCCAUCAGCCUUGUGCUAAGGUUAAGGAAUUCAAAAAAAGAACUCAAUGAUAUCAGAUUUGAAUUUACGCCCGGGAGAGAUACUGCUGAUGGCGUGUCUCAAGAACUAAUUUCAGCAGGGCUUGUUGAUGGCAGAGAUCUGGUAAUAGUUGCAGCUAAUUUGCAGAAAAUUGUGGAAGAGCCCCAAGCGAACAGAUCCGUCACUUUCAAACUGGCAUCUGGUGUCGAAGGCUCAGAUAUCCCCGAUGAUGGCAAACUUAUAGGAUUUGCACAGCUCAGCAUCAGCUAAACAAUGGCCCCAGGAGAUGAUUCCCAACAGAGAACCCACAUGUGCAUAUUCGUAAUGCUUCUGUUAGCCUAAAAAAAAAACCACUACUGCCAAAGAAUCGAACUACAGCCCCCUUCCUAGAAGCUUUAACAUUCUCCUAAAUAGGAUCACAAACCUUCCUGAGAUUACCGGUGGCGUUUACACCUUUUGUAAACAAGUCUCAUGUUUUUGUAUGUCAUCUCAAACAUGCAGAUCCAACAUGUCAUUGCCUGCAUGUUCAUAUUAUUAUUGCCUUACUUUAAAGAAAAAUACUACUGAGUACGAAGCGGGGGUUCCACUGCUCUGAUGAUCUCGCCUAAAUGUUUGCUUACAUGUGGUUUCAUUUUUUUUUUCACUUGCUAUUUUUGCACAAGUUUUAAUACCGAACAGAUCUUUUUUUGUUGUUGUUCUUUACCUGCUUCUCCUUCCAUCUGAAACACCAGUGUACAUGUUGCUUGGGUCACCUGGAGUGCUGAGAAAUCUGCUUCUCUUCAGCUGUAUUUUUAAACCGCUGGUUUGAAUGCUUGCACCUGAGAAGGCAAGCCAAGUCUUAACCCACAGGAGGGAGAGCCUUCUUCCCUUGUGUUUGUGUUUUUGAGAAGUUCCUCGACUUCAGAGUGUUAGAAGUCAGCUUCCCUUUGUAAACUGCCUUAAUUUUUUUUUUAUUUUUUAUCAUUUGGGUUCUCUCCACAUGAGUGCCAGGCGUGGCAUGAGGGCUGAACCUCUUAAUUUACAUUAAGCAGUCCUUCUUCAAAACAGGUCUUUCAAUCUACAUCCUUAGAUGUAGUCUGUUCUUAAAGCAGAGCAACGAGGCGCUGCUGUCUGGAAACUGGUCUUGCAGAUGAUCUACAAACUCACUACUCACAGUCACAGGGAGAGGAGAUCUGCGUCACUGCGCUUGGAAAAGACGCGCUUGGGACUGUUCUUGAGACCCAGUCUGUUGUGCCUGGCUGUGCGAGUCCUCCCUGACGUGUUUCCCAGACCCUUGCAAACUGGUACCCGUGGAACCAUCCUUGUUGUGAUUUACAGCAAUAAAGAAUUGCCAGCAGAGCAGCGUUACUGGGCAAGCGAGCGCCGGACUGUGUCCCUCCUGCACUGAGCGCUGGGGUCAUCAGCCUUGGCGGCGGUCCGAGCCUCCAUGUCUGAUCAGGAUGUCACCAAAACCCUGUCACACGUAUUUAGGUUUUCUUUCGAUGUGGUGUUGAAUUUCUACAGGAAUAAUAUGAAUUAUACUUGGAGUUUGAUAAGAGACACUUGUCAUGCAAUACGUGAGGAAUAAAUGGUGUUGAUUUCUUUUUUUUUUUUCCUACAGUCUCACAGUUGGCCUUGGUAACUGCUGUUGGCUCUGGAGUGUUUUCUGCACAGAAAUUGUAAGCCUGUCAUGUAACACACAGAUGGAGACGUGUUUGGUUUCCGUCAGCCACAAACAAUGCAGAAACAGAGUGUUUAAGCAGAAUGAGUGGGUUCAAUUAGGACAUUUUUUAUUUCUGAGUCCUCUGAUGAGCAACCUAUAUUUAUAUAUUUUUCUUGAUGAGCAGCUGCGGAAGCUUCCUGAGUUGUGCAUGUUCUUUUUUAUACUGCCAGUGUCCCUUUUAGUCUGUAGGUGGGUAGUGGAUAUGUUCCCAUAGGUGCUGCCAAGUGUCUGCAGCCCUGUUGCUGGUGAGUGAGAAGGCAAUGCCGACGAGGAGGAGGGUCUGAGAGUUGAGAGCGCCCUGGGGUGCUGAGCAGAUGCUCUCAACAGCUGAGGUAGUGAAUGUCUGAUGUUGGGGAGCUGGUGGUGGCUGGGCUUGGCUGAGUCUGCAUGCACAUGCAUGUGCCAGCUCUCACAUUUCUUUGUGUUACUUGACACGAAGCACUCCCAAAGGCUUCCCCCCAGAGAGUUUCCUGGCUUGGGAAGAGCAGGCUGGCAUUCUGAUUGUUCGUGUCACCCCAUGGGAAAUAGGAAUGUGUUGGAAACCACUAGGAUGUGGAGAUGAGGCAAUCUUGGUGCAGCAUUGUUUUUCCCUUCUGCCUGUGUGCUGUGGGGGACUGCUUGUUGGUUUGCGUCCUGGUGCUGAGAAAGGUAGGACUUGAACUGCCCAAAUGAAACAAUGCAGCCUCUAUUUAUUAAGUUAUUCCCCACCUUCCCAAUGCCAGGACGUAGAGCGUGAGCAGCUCACACUAACCCGAGGCUCCUUAGUUCUUUAUCGGAGAAAAUAAGUAAGGAAGAAACUGAUGUCACUUGCUCUGUAGUUCUCCAGAUGUUUUGGGUAGCAAUCCAGAAUUUUCACUUGGGCUCUUACAGUGCUAGACAACUGUCUUUUCUGAUGUUGUUCCAGUAAGUGCCAACGCUGUUCAUAAUUGUUUUCCAGUGUCAUGAAUUUGGUUUUUCUUUUCGUGGAAAUUUCUGAUCCGAACCUGGAAGCAGGUGGUAAUUUUAAGUUAGUUCCUACUUUUAAGGACAAUGCUCUGUUAAUGAAAACGGAUCCUCUUCACGACUUCGGUGUAUUGUAGAUUAUAAUGAAAGAUGUAAAAUAUUCAGGCUUUUUUUUCCCCCCCCCCCCCCUUUUUUGGACUUUGUAUUUUACUGCAUGUCUCUAAUUUUUAAUCAAUAAAGAAGGAAUUGUCCAUUGUCA